CAGUUUUCGCGGUGGCGCGGUCUAGAAGACUUGAUCAAUUUUCAUUGGGGAACCGUUUUUCCUUGACCGCGUGAACGAAUUCAGAAAUAUCUGAAGAGCUAAAGAACUUCAGAUCGAUCUUAGUUUACCUUGGUGUUUUAGUGUGAAAAUUAUCACAUCCAUUUGCACUAUCUCGAUUCUCUAAUCAACGAAGUAAUCCAGGAAGCAUCCGCCAUUUGACAUUUUUGUAGUGCAAUUAUGACUCACGUUUUAACAAAUCUUGGAUACCCACAUGAUCUUCGCUUCCGUUCUAAGUCCGCUGAGAUAUUCAGAGAACACGAAAGACGAAAGGAGGGUAUUCCGAAGACGGAAUUCGACAAAAUUCGAAGCCUUUCUAGGCAGUCAUGGCAGCGAUCAUGGGAGAACCCUGGAGAUCCAUUGCCUUCUGUGAAAUGUAACCACUUUGUGACAACAUAUUCGACAACACACAACUACAAAGCGCUUCAAGAACCCACUCCCUGCCGACCGACUUCGCCAACGAGACGAAAUAACCCUCAUCCAACAAGGCCAUUUUUGCGGCUCCACCUGAGGCAGGCAAAAGGGUUUCCCAAACCUAAAGAAAAGCCACAACAGGACCCAUACGAUGUUGGUUAUAAACCUGAGGAACCAAAUGACAGGCAGCAGACAAUGUAUUACACUUUAUGGGAAAUGAAAGAUAUGGAAAAAAGGGGCCUGGAUAAGGCUUUAAUAGCUGCUAUGACUCCAAAAGCAGUACCAGCAGCACAAGCCUGGGUCAGGAAUGCUGGCAUGAAAGACAGGAAGAUAGUGUCAAACAUGUUGGAUGUUGUACACGAUGCACCAAAUGUUGAGCAGACUGUUAGUUCCACAUUCAGGCCUGAUGUUGUACCAGCUGUGAAUCGAUGGCUAAAGAAAGCUGGAAAUGAAGAACAACAAGCUGUGAUGAGAUUGAUCCGAACUUUGGCCUCUAAUCCAAUUAAUGAUGGAACAAUAGAUCCAGAGUACACAGGGCAACAACAUCCUGACAGAUACAUCUUGGGGAAGUACACGAUACGCCAGACAGGAACUAAAGGAACUCCCAUCACUGUUAAAAAUCAUUUUCCAAAAAAGUCCCAUUUUAAGGCACAUCCUGCAUGGCUUCAAGCUUCAUAACCAUUUAGGUUUUAGCCUAUUCUGGUAUUAUAUGUGAAGUCAUGAAGUCUAAUGCUGAAGAAGAGGGUUAACCCUUUAACUCCCAAGAUCUAAUUGUUAAUUCUUCCCUCUGGCAACUACACAUUUCCUUGUAAAUUAGGUUACAAGAAUUUGUUGUUACGCCAAGGUAAUAACUUCCAUCAGAUAGGUUUGAGUAUACUCAUUACCUGAUUGCUGAAUAGUGAACGGAGAUCAUAGGGUGAAGCUACAAGAUAAUCACUUUUGGGGGUUAAAGGGUUAACCUCUGGGACACAAACCAUUCAGUUUAUAUUAUUUAGUGUAUAAUUAUAAUUUCAUCCAUGUAUAUAGCUGUCUUUUGA